AUGGGAAGAAGAACUGAUACAACCUAUAUUGGAGGAAACGGUGUUGAACUAGGUUGCUUGGAAAUUGGUAGAACAAACGAUCAAACUAAAGAGUUUAUCGAUGGUUCAAUUAAGAUGCCUAUGGUAAUGAGAGACAUGCUGUUGAAAUUGGUCGAAGAAAACCCAGCUCUUGUCAAUCAACUUCAUAUUUUAGGAUAUCUCAUCAUGGGUGACAAAGUUAGCUUAAUGGAUAUGGAUAUCCCUGAUGGAUAUGUGACAAGAAUUCGUCGUACGAAACAAGUAGCAUAUCCUGACAGUAGCAAGAAUUUCAUAGUGCAUAUUGGCCCAUUAUUAGAGCUGGCAGCCAUUGGAAAAGAAAUUGUCGAAGAUACCUAUAAAAAGUUCAGUAAUGUAUGA